UCAGUGUAAAAUGAUGUCGCAUAUUUAACAUUAAGCUAAAGUUCUUAAUGUUUUGUCAUUAGCAAGAGAAUCCAACUGAGGAGAAAAACUGGUGCAAGGUUUUUCCAGAGGUGAGGAGGAUCCUCCAUGAUGUUGUGAACCAGUGUAUACAAGAGGGGACUUUGGCACUUGAGAAAGCACAAAAAUAUUUCCAAUCAUCUCUUGAAAACGACCUCCGUUAUGCAUAUGAAGGCCGUUCCAGUGAAGAUGUAGCAAGAUGUAUCUGCUAUGUUCAUAAAAUAACUGUCCCAAUGAAGGAAAACACAAUCCCCCCAGAGAAAGAAGACCAGUUGCACAGACUAUCCCAGCUUCGAGAUCAAUUUCUGCCUAGCUUGGUUGCGUCACACAAGGCCGUGGUGUACUGCACCACCACAAAAUGCAAUCGUCUGCAAUGUUACACACCUGAGAUGAGGCUGGACUUUGGUGUUGGUCUGUGUGAGCAGCUAAAUGUGGAUCUCAAGAGACUUAUUGAUCAUACUAUGUUAAACAAAAGGACUGUUGCAGUUGAUAACUUUGGCGAGAAAGAUCUGUGCCGGAUCUUUUCUUCUCUUUACAGAAUUGAACGGAAGGAAGUUGAACAUGUCAAAUCCUACCUAGAAGGAAAAAAUACAUUAUUUCCCUUCAUACUCAAUGGUGGACCAUACUCAGGCAAAACUGUGCUUCUGGCUCAUUGUGCAAGUCAGGUAUCAGUAUGGUUGAAGAAUCUGGAUCCCGAGAUACUUGUCUUCUUCAUAGAUGUCAACAGCUCCCUUAGACAGCUUCUCAAAUACAUAUGUGAAAGAGCCGACUCAAGUAAUACCAACAUCAACAGCAUCUUUCAGCUAAAAGAGAACUUUAAAAGACUCCUGACUGUGAGAUCGACAUCCAAGAAUCCUCUGGUGAUAAUCAUAGAUGGUCUUGACCAGCUGCCAAAGACUGAUGGACAACCUGACCUGACAUGCCUUCCUAAAGCAUUAGCUCCAAAUGUAAAGCUUCUUAUUUCUGUAUCUGCAAACAGGCAUGCCCUUCUUGCUGCCCUGAAGCAGUAUUACCCAGAUUCAGCCCUGUUCUGUGAGUUGCAACAAGUGGAUACUAAAAGCUGUAACCAGCUUCUAACAACACUUCUUCAGGGGUCUAACAGAAAAAUCACCUCGGGACAACAAGUAUAUGUAAAUGAGGCUUUAAAGAAAUGCACUGUCCCGUUAUAUGUGGAACUUCUUUACAGGCAGGCAGUCUGUUGGCACUCAGAGUUUGAGAUUACUGAGGAAACACUUGAUCUAGAGGUCCACAAUAGCAUUGUUCUGAUAUUUGAUCAUAUGGAGAGGAAACAUGGGAAAUCUUUAGUCUCAAAAGCAUUAAGCUAUCUUACCUUGGCCAGGUAUGGCAUGACAACAGCUGAGUUGACGGAUGUUCUAUCUUGUGAUGAUGAAGUUGUCGAAUCUUUCCUUCCUCAAGGUGAAGGUGUACCGGCUACAUUGAGAGUCCCUGAAGUUUCUGUGGAAACCCUUCUUUCUGACCUGAAGGGAUUUCUAGUGCAGAGGAACAUUUUAGGCACCCAAACUCUUUCUUGGGUAAACAGACACUUCCCUUUGGUUGUAUGCAAGCAGUACCUGUGCUCAGAGGAAACUUGUCUAAAGAUACACCAUGUGCUUUCGGACUACUUCAGCGGCUCUUGGGCAAAUGGCACAAAAAAACAUUUUAUAAUAAACAAAGAUACGCAAAUCCAAAGCUCCUCAGAUGUCCCACGGAACAUUUACAUUGAUAGGCAAGUACCCAGUCAACCUUGCAUCUUUUCCCAACCUUUCUACAUCUCUACCGCCAUGCGUACACCAACACGUCCCAAUCUGAGGAAACUACACACACUCUCUUUUCAUUUGCUGAAAAGUGGGAGGAUUGAGGAACUGGGCAGCCAAAUGAUUUCCCAAGAAUACCUCCAGGUAAUGUUGCAUGCAAUGCUAGCUGAUGAACUGUUUUUGUGGCUUGAGAAGACAUCUCAGUUGAUUUUUCCCAGGGAACUUCAGCUCCUCCACGCCAUCUUGAAAUCUUCAGCUUGUCUGCUGAGGAACAACCCUGCUGAUCUUCCAAUAGUCCUGCAAGCCAAACUCCUUCCUUUUCUGAGUGUCUUUCCUAGUUUGGAGGAAUGUGUGAAUCCUGCAAGAGCAGAAGGUUUGAGCUUAAAAUGUGGAAUGAGUACUGUGUUGCCUUCAGUUCCUUCAGUACCUUAUUCCCAAAGUACACCGCAGGAUUCAAUGGCUUCGCAAAUCAUACUGUCAGCUGGAUCUCUCUGUGGUGCUGUGGUAGUUGUACUGGACAAUGGGGCUGCUUGGGUUUGCCAUGGAGCUACAUGUGAAGGCUUUAAAGUAACCCAGUCCAGUAAUCUAAAGUUUACAAGUGUCUGUAGCUCUGGGAACACAUUCCUUUUGAGCACUUGUUGUGGUAAACUUGUCUUGUGGGAUGCAGUUGUUAAAACACAGCCUCUAGAAAUUAAAAUCCAACACACAGAAAACCACAAAAACAAAAUUCUUGAGGGUGUCUUGGUGUUGGGGGACAAUUUAUUUGUGUGGUGGAGAGAACAAAACAUUGUUAAUGUAUUUGUUGAUAAAGAGGAGCUUACCCAACUGUGCUGCACUUAUGAAAUAACCUGUGUGUUAUGUUCUGGGGAAGGCAAUAUCAUUUACUGUGGACAAAAUGAAGGUUCUGUGACUAUAUUCGACUGGCCCAAUGGACAGCUUUUAGCCACUUUGACUUGUCCGAAAGGUAUGCCACUAAUUGAGAUUAUUCUCACCGAAGGCGAUGAGGUAAUAUCAUGUGUAGAUCAAGCAGGAAAUGUUUUUGCUUGGGAUCUUGAAAUGAUAACAGAACCAGUUCUGAUUUGUGAAAACCAUUGUGGAAUCCAGGGAAAGGUUCUGAACACAGACUACAAGGGAGACAGCAUACUUCUCAUAUGCAAAAAGCAACAAAUUCAGCUCAUUGACAUCAGUCAAACUGAUGUACUUGAUCAGUUCAAUCCCCCGAGGGGCAAAACAUUUAAGCAAGCCAUAAUUGAUCAAAACUCACACUUCAUCCUUGCUUUGCUGUGCAAUUGCUCAUUUCUGUUGGUCUGGAAUUGUGCCUCUGGACAGUGUGUGUUAAGUCUGGACACUGGGAACUGUCAAGAUAUUAAUCUUCUGAAAUGUGGCACCACUUACUUGGCAGCAAUAGCAAGUGUAGGUGUUCUUAUUUGGGACAUGGAUCUCAUUAGAACUUCUGCUUUGGCACCAAAAUCUGGAAAGAGAGUGAAGAUCAUCAUAACUGUUGGAUCUCAAGGAGGAACCUGUUAUUCGGCAGAUGGCUCCAAACUUGUGUGGAAGUGGGCAGUUUCAAGUGGCAAAGUAGAAGGCCGGUUUCUUCACCGAGGUUCUGUGGAGUCUAUGUGCAUCUCUGGAGAUGGAAACUACCUUGUAAGUAUUGCAGAUGGUGAUGUAUAUGUCUGGGAGACCUGCAAUGGAGAAAAUACUUACAGAAUCUCUGGUAGUCAAGCAUAUAAGGUUCUAAUAACACCCAAGGGAAACUUUGGGGUUGCUUUGUCAGAGAAUAGUUCAUCAAGGGUGUGGAAACUACAAAGUGGACACAGUAUUUGCAGCAUUCAUCUUCAUCUCAGAAAUGCCAACAUUUCACCUGAAGGCACCUUUCUUUUGGGCGUUAACAGUGGGAAUCUCUUGGCUGCUAGCCUGUGGUCUGGCAAUGUAAACAAAUGCUUCUCGUGCUCUGACCAGUCAGAUGUGGUUGCUUUCCAUUCUCUGCUGAAUCAUCCGGAUUUUGUGAUUGUAGCUUUAUCUUCAGGGGCUUUGUACUCCUGGAAGUUAACUGAGGAUACGACUUGUCAUCAAAUCCAGCUGCCGGAUUCCUUGUUUUGCCAACCAGAAAUAUUUGGUCUCUCAUCUAAUGGGGGGUAUGCCGUCCUAUCCAUAUCUGAAUGCACAAUAAACAUCCUAAACUUCUCCAACAGCAAACUGUGCUCUUUAAGAACCGAAGGACCUGUUCUGCAAACCACUGUCGGUGUUUCUGGUCAAUAUAUGGUCUAUGCAUGUUACUCUUCUCUAGUGUGCCGUAAUUUAUCCUGUGAUCUCCAUGAGAAACCAAUGUUAGUAGCCAUACGUUUGACUGAUGGGGGAACUAUUGGAAGGUUUUAUUUGUGCAAGAUGCCCUCUGUCUUAACCCUGUCCAAGGAUUUGAUUGUGUAUGUGGGGUUUGAGGAUGGUUCUGUUGGGGUUUAUGCUGUACAUGACACCAAGGUGGGUACAAGCAGCUGGAAGGCAGAAAACCUAACACUUUUGAAUCCAUUAGACGAGCAAUUGAUUUGGUCACCUCUAUUAAAACCAAACCUUACAUGGACAGAAUUGCCUUUAGAAUUUAUUUGAAUGGCUCCAGUGUAGACGGUUCUGGUUUUUGACAUGGAAGCACUGAAAUGAUUAUUAUAACAAAAUAAAAAAUGCUUAUUUGUUUUUGCACAUAAAUUAAGUUUAUUUCAAAACUAAUUUCCAGAGGAUCGCAUGCUUAUGAUUGACCACUGCUGGUCCAGUAUUAGCUAACACGAUGCACCAAUCAGACGAAUCCAAACACACAUAAGACACAAGAUUUUUCUACCUUAGUCAUUUUCGUGUCGAAGAGUCCCCCCAUCCACCACUACUCCUCCCCCUCUUUCCUAGAUUAAUCCAGGACAGGGUGGCACUGUGGCUCAUUGGUUAUCACUGUCGUCUCGCAGCAUGGAGGUCGCUGGUUUGAGUUCUGGUCAUUUCUGGGGUUUGCAUGUUCUCCCCAUGCUCGCGUGGGUUUCCCCCUACUCUAGUUUCAUACCACAGCCCAAAGAUAUGCAGUUUAAGUGAAUUGAGUAAACCAAAUUGGCACAGUACAUAAGUGUUUUAGUACUUGGAUAUUCACCGCAUAGCCAUAUGCUGGUAAAGCUGGCGGUUCAUUCCGCCAUGGCAACUCCUAUUUAUGAAGGAAUAGGCCGAACUAACCAAUUCGGGGGGGCUCUUGAGACCUACCUGAGCUCACACUCCCUGAUGAAACGGGAGGGAGCCCCAUGCUCAAGGAUUUUCAGCAGCCAAACAUGCUUCAUCAUCAAUCAUCAGCUAACUCAUUCAUUGUUCUUCGGCUUAGUCCUUUUAUUAAUCAGGGGUUGCCACAGCGCAAUGAACCACCAUCUUAUCCAGCAUAUGUUUUACACAACAUACACCUUUCUAUGCUGCAACCCAGUACUGAGAAUCACCUAUACACACUCAUUCACACUCAUACACUACGGCCAAUUUAGCUUAUUCAAUUCCCCUUUAGCGCAUGUGGUUGAACUGUGGGAGAACAUGGAGCACCAGGAGGAAACCCACAUCAACACAGGGAGAACAUGCAAACUCCACACAGAAAUGCCAACUGACCCAGACGGGGCUUAAACCUUGCUGUGAGGCGAUCGUGCUGCCCACUACGCCACCAUGCCGCCCCUAAGUUUGAACUUUUGAAAACAAAUAAAAAUGUAUUAUGUUUUUAGACAUGUUUAUAGUCGAUUUUAGACCAUGCAGUACCAAAGUUUUAACUUCACAAAAAUAAAUGAAUAAAUAAAUAAAUAUUUGGUAUAAUAUGCCUGGUGUGAAUUAUAUAAUAUUAUGUAAAUCCAGAGAAACUAAGAAUUGUCAAGUGCUCUCUCGUUUACAUGGUUGUAAAAGGCUUUUGUUGUUGAUGUUGUUGUUUUAUUGUAAUAUUUUUUGCAAGUUUUGAGUAUUUUAACAUUUGUGAUAUUAUGAUUAUCAUUUUAAAUAUGUGAUAAACAUGUUGUUGUUUUUGUCUCAUGAGUAUCAGGGUGCAAAUGUAAAAUUCACUGUAUUAUAUUUUCUUUUUACAUUUUCUGUUUAUAUCAUUUUCUUUGUUUUUGCAUGUGUUGUUGCCUGUAGCCUGUAGCCUUACUACAUUGUUUCUCUUUAUGGUGUAUAGACUGAAUUUAUUUUAUUUUUUAAUAGUUUUUUUUUUUUUUGAUAGUUUGUUUUAUAUAUGAAUAACUUGUAUAAAUAACUUUUUUAAACUACACAUCUGCUUAAUGGCAACUAUGGAAAAUAAAAAAAUAAAAGUCCUAAAGAGAAAAGUAGGCUACUUUGUUG